GCUAUCGCAAGAGCGAGCCGAGGCCGAGACGAGAUCAAACGACCCUGAAGUCUGGGAAAUCCACGAAAUAAUGGGAAGAGACAUGUGGAUACAUUAUUCUUUGGACAGAAAUAAAAAUAAUUCCCUGUCAUGGCUGUGAGAGUUGCUUUACGAGGUCUGACACUGGGUAGAUGCCACGUCCCAGUCAAGCAUCUUGUUAUAGUCUGGAUUCUUCUUCUCUUCAUUUCUGGCUGGUUUUUCUUCAUGGUGGAUCAUAGACCAGCAGCAUGCAGGCACGAAGAUAUGCUACAGUAUGUGUGCCACUUCUACUCCAAAGGGAUUAUCACAGGCAAGAUGUGUCCCAGGCUAUGCCAAGGGAAAGAUUUUGUCUUCACAAAGUGUCUCUCUAAAAGCUUAGAGCAUCAGGUAUACGAGGUUGAGGUGAAGCAGUCUACGACUCUGUGGAAGGAGCGCUUGCUUGUCCACUGGACCCACGACCCAAAGGAUGGAGAUUACCUGAGACCGAUGGACGGAUCUUCCAUGGAAGACCUCCGUCACAUGUUGUCGGCUUUUCUCAAGCUGCGACUGGGAGAUAGCUACUUUGUCAAGUUCCAGACCAAGAUCUUUGACAUUGCCGACAUCAACAACGACGGGAAGGUGUCACUGGCCGAGGCGAAGACCCUGUGGGGACUGCUGCAUGGGAAUAACUUCCUGAUCUUGAUGGCUUUGUCUGGAAGCGAGAUGAUUCCCAGAUUGGAAGGGUUCUGUGGGGAUAUCUACGUCACAGAGGGGGUACAGGUGUACAACCUCUAUGGACCAAAUCAAAUGCACUCUGGUGUCUUCAGGAAUAUCUUUGACCGUGACCAGCUGAGCUGGGCGCAACGUGCCCACAUAGUUCUAGGCGUCAUUGAGUUCGUGGAGGAGAUCAUCGACAACCCCCUCGGAAACUUCCUCAUGUGCAGCGUAACCCCGCAGAGCAUCGGCUACACCCGCAAGCACGAUCCAAAGCUUCUGGAUCUUCAGGGGAUUUCCCCGGAGGUCAAAGUUGAGGGACAGCUCAAGGAGAGAGAGUGUCAGACGGACAGCGACUGCAUCUACGGCUUGAACUGUCAGUCUCCUUGCAGCCUGGAAAGCCAUAAAUGCCAGAGUGAAGUGACUUAUCCUAAUCUAUACAAAAUGUGUCAGCUGAUUGAACCAGUACUAUUUAACGGAGUACCGACUGAAAUUGAAGAGAAAUUAAAAGUGACGUUCGAUCGGUGUAAAGGAUUGAGACACAGCGGUCGCAAAAUGGACAUGGAGCAUUCGCUGGUGAUUAAUGAUAUUAAAGGUGUGAUAUGGAGGCAAAUAUCGGAUACAAAUUCAUGAUAGCUUUCAAAAAUAUCCAGCUCUUGUAAGUAUCAUGCAAAAUGUGAGUCAACUUUUAUUGAAUCCAAAUGUGUGUGAUUGAACAAAUGAAAUGAGUAACAUUGAAAACAUUGAUUUGUAAUAGUAGGCUUAACCACAUUAAAAGUCUGGUAUGGGGGUAACUAGGGAAUAGAAAUAGUAACUAUUGUAUCACCCACAUAUAUUUUUGAAAAGUUUUUAGCAUUAUUACCAGCAGAAGGUUACAUACAACACUUCUUAUUUAUUCCAAUACUACCAUACAGUAUGUACGAACACUCCUUGCCUUGUACAGUGUGUUGGUUAGGAGGGGGUGGACAGCAACAUUGCAUACAUGUACAAUGUACAUAGGAGAGAAUUAGGAUAAAGGGGAUAUUUGGAGGGAAAGGUUGAGUGAUUAUUUUACUUUUAACAAUUUCUUAUUUGAAUGGCAUUACUUCUUGAUGUGAGUAUUUCUUUCAAAGUAUUACUAGGCUUUAAAACAACAUAUUUAAGACUUAUUAACUGCUUGAAAAAAGUUCUGCAAUUCACGUUUUGAGUGUUGAUAUCUCUCUUGUGACUAUAUUAUCAUGUUUAACAUUGGUUUCAUUGAAAAGCCCGUUUGUUACCCUUUACGAUAAUGCCCAAUUUAUCAUGAUUUUGUAAUCAUUGACUGUGCAGUACACCUGAAUAUGGGGCGAAGUCAAAUGUGAAAUGUUGCAAAAUGCAUUAUUAUUCCUUCCAAACACAAUCCAUCCUCCAAACAAAUGUACAGUUCACUAUUGCAGUAACAAUUAUAACAAUGCAAUUCUUGAUUUGAUUUGAUUUGAUUUGAUUUAUUUAUUUCU